AUGACGAGUCUAUUAUCUGAAGAGGAUCUGAAUGAUUUCAUUACACCGUCUUUGGCGUGUACUAGGCCCACAGAGACGAAAGUGAGUGAGCCUAAUGUGAAUGAAUUAGGUGAAUAUGAAGUUGGUAAGGAAAGUGAGACUUUGCAGAAGGUGAAUAUUACGCUAUCUGAUUGUCUGGCGUGUUCUGGAUGUAUCACUUCGAGUGAAGAGAUCAUGUUACAGAAGCACAGUCAUUCUGUGUUUUUAGAAGCGAUGAAUAGAGAUCAUGGACCAUUAUGUGUGAGUGUUGCUGCACAAUGUCGUAUAUCGAUGAGUCAAUAUUUUGGUAUGGAACUGAUGGAAUUUGAUAUGUGGUUGAUUAAUUUUUUCAAAGAGAGGUUUCAAGCCAAAUAUGUUGUUGGGUUACAAAAUGGGAGAAAUAUUACUAUCAAGCAAACGAUAGAAAAAUUAGUUGAAUGGAAACAAAGGGAGCAAGAUGAAAAUAGUAAACCUCGAUUAUCCAGUGUAUGUCCUGGGUUUUUAAUUUAUACAGAGAAGACGAAACCAGGAUUGGUGCCUUUACUAUUGAAUGUGAAAUCUCCGCAACAAAUUACGGGAUCAUUAUUAAAAGAAGUUGAUUCAAGUAUGUAUCAUCUUAGUAUCAGUCCAUUAUUCGAUAAGAAAUUAGAAGCUGAAAGACCAGAUAGUGCGAAUGAAGUUGAUUGUGUCAUUACACCGAUGGAAUUUUUAGCCAUGAUUGAAGAUUUGAAAAUUGACAUCAGUGAUUACUGUACUAAAGAUAAGAAUCUACUAGUUGAUUAUUCGCCUCCUGGAUGGGAUCCAUCAAUUCAUUGGGCGUCCAAUAGCGGAAGUAGUUCUGGUGGAUUUGCAUAUCAAUAUGUGGAAUAUAUGAGACGUAAUCAUGUUGGGAAUUGUGAGAUGCAGGUGUUACCGGGUAAGAAUGGUAAUAUUUUAGAGUAUAGAUUAGUGGAUGACGAACGAAAGACGAUAGCGUCAGCGAGUGAAUUAUCGGGAUUCCGAAACAUUCAAAACAUGGUGCGUAACCUGACAGGUGGGAAUAAGAGAAAGAUACAAGUGUUAAGAAAGCGUACUGGAGGAGGAGCCACAGGGAUCCGUCAUUCAGAUGGAGGAGACAAGGUGCCCAAACAGUUUGCGAAUCCAUUCAAGAGCGAUUUCAUCGAAGUGAAUGCAUCACCGGGCGGUUGUAUAAAUGGUAGCGGAUUAAUCAACAUGGAAUCGAAUGCUAUCAAGAGGAAGCAGUAUACACAACACAUAGAGCAAUUAUACUUCAACAAAUUGCAACAGAUAGAUCCGAUUAAUAUGAUGAAUGAAAUUCAAGCGAAUAAGAAUUAUGAAUACGAGUUUAUGCCGGCAGUUCCCCAAGAACCAAAAGACAUACCUCUUGUCGGACGCACCUGGUAG